GUCAAAGGUUAUGACUUUGCUGAGUUUGUUUUUGGUUGACCGUGCAGCCAGUUGGUUGGUUGGUUGGUUGGUUGGAUAGAUCGGGACCCAAACUUUCACAUGUAAAAGAUCCCUAAAGCUGUAGCCUCCUACAGUCUGCAUGGCAACCAGACUGAAGCUCAGUUAAAGGUCUUCCUCCUCUGGAUUCAUCUCAGCAGCUUUCUUCUCCGAGCGAUUGGAUAAUCGUCUGAAGAGAGAUGGGACCUCGUACAGCAGUUGAUCCCGCUAAGGAGGUGAAGGCGGUUGCAGGAAGAGGAUGUGCAGGUCAGAAAGGAGCCCGGCAGAGGAGCUGCAGUGACAGCAGCAUAUACAGCAGGAGAGCAGUCGACCUACCCAACAACUCCUCCUCGUCCUCCACCCCCUCUGCCUCCCCGGUGCUCUGCAACCCCAGAUCAGUCCUGAAGAGACCGGUGAGCACAGAAGAGCUGCAAAGACCAGGAGGACCCUACAUCAAGAAAAGAUUUACAAUCAUGGGCGAUGCCGUGGGUUGGGGGUUUGUGGUGAGAGGAAGCAGGCCGUGUCACAUCCAGGCUGUGGAGCGCUACGGUCCAGCUGAUACUGCUGGGAUGAAGGUUUGUCAGUUUGUGGUUUCGAUCAACAGGCUCAAUGUUCUCGAUCUGGACUACCGGGCUGUCAGCCGCCUGAUCCUAACAGGACCCAGAACUGUGGAGAUGGAGGUGAUGGAGGAGAUUGUCCCCUGAGCAAUGUAAGAAACACUGAUGGAUGGACAGUGCAGAAUGAAACAGUUACUAAUACGUGUGACCUCCUGUGUGAGGUUCUGUUCUUCAAGAACACAGUAAUGAAACAGGCUAACCUUGUUAGGAAGUACAUGGGAAACGUUCUGUUUUUAAAUUAUUGUUGAGCUGACGGAGGGCGUUUGUGUUCAGAUUGGUUGGCUGAAGAUAAAACUUUAAGAUCAACACUUGAGUUGAAUGGCAUCCUCUGAAUAAAGAGGUUGAAUAGCGUUGUAAAGAACAGUCCUUAGAGUCAGACACGACUCUCAGAGAAGGACUCUGGGCGGAGGAUCUGUCAAUACUGUGUAGUAGUACUGUGCAGCAGACCAAUUACUUGCAAGUAGCUUCAGGCUGUUUUCCCAACACAGUGUUGAGUUCUGGAUCUCAUACACGUCGAGGUAGUUUGGGAGUUGUGCACUGCGAGAACGUGUGGAGCAUUUGGAGCUACAGCCGAGCUAAACGUUGGACAUCAGAGAGGUGUUUUGCAUGUGUGUAAAUAGUCAGGAAAUAUUCCUUAUUUUUUUUUUUUUAAAGGUACAGUGUGUAGAAUUUGGUGCCAUCUAGUGGUGUGGUUGCAGAUUGCAAUUGAGUACCCCUCCGCUCACUCCUUCCUUUCCAAGACUGCAGUAACGUGAGCUGCAGAGUGCAAAACCGUGGUACACAAUCAUGGCUUUGCUGACGAUCGUCGGGAAGGGAAGGCACAAAAUCGUCUUGAUUCUUGUGUAGUGUGUACCCGGCAUAAGUUUUCUUGCCUAAACCUAACUGU